CCUUCAUCCUCUUUCCUUUUCAUACUUUCUGGUCCUCUUCUUUUCCCAUUUACUUCCCAUCCUCUUCUUUUCUUCUUCAAGACCAAAUCAUGCACUUAAAAUCUCUCCUUACUGCCUUGCUCCUUGUCACCUCGGCCACAACCUUGGCCUCCCCUGUCACUCUAGCUGAUUUGCCAGCUAGCCAACAAGAUUCCGCUGGUCUCCGUUCACCAAAGCAGCCUAAUACGCCGCCGGAAUCGCUUCCCUCUGAUCCUUAUGCGCGAUAUAAUUAUAGAAAGGUCGUUUCAUCUCAAGAACUCCGUCCACAAAAAGGUCGACGUACUAUCAUUGUCGGGGAUAUCCAUGGAGGCCUUGUUGGCUUCAAUGGCUUUUUAAAAGAUAUUAAAUUCAAGAGGGGCAAGGAUAGAUUAAUCCUUGUAGGAGACAUAGUGAGCAAGGGCCCAUAUUCGUUAGAGGUGAUCAACAAGGCCCGUGCAUUAAAAGCAAAGUGUGUCCGUGGUAAUCACGAUGACAAGGUCAUCCGAUGGAGAGGCUAUCUCGACAGCCUCAGUCCUUCAGAAAAAAAGCUAUUGGAAGAGGAAUCCAAAAGUAAAUCUGAAGGAGAUAUACCAAAUCUUCCAAAUUACCCCUCAGAUUUGAUUCUGAACUCCGAGCAUCACAAACUUGCGAUGACAAUGAACAAAAAACAGUAUGAAUAUCUGUUGUCUUGCCCAUUGAUCCUGUCGUUGCCUCCAGAAUUGUCGUUGAAUAAGAUUCCUAUCCAUGUAGUUCACGCGGGGAUUGAUCCUCGCCAUAGCCUAGACAAGCAAGAACCCUGGGUUCUGGUGAAUAUCCGUAACAUCCGUGAAGACGGGACACCAUUACGCAAGGCCAAGAAGGGCCGUGCUUGGGUGGAUCAGUAUAAUGAUGAGCAAAACUCCCGAGACACUGAUGGCAAACCGGACAGUUUAAUUGUCUAUGGACAUAACGCCAGUCGAAACUUAAAUGUGAAGCCAUGGACUGUUGGAAUUGACACAGGCUGUGUCUAUGGAAGGGCUCUGACGGGUUACGUAGUCGAGACAAACCGAAUUUUGAGCGUUCCAUGCCCUGUUCAGGUGGAUGAAAAUGAAUCAGACUGAGAGAUAUAGGUCUCCUUCUUUCUUUCUUUCUUUCUUUCUUCCGCUAUUACACUAUCUUGCCUUUGUUCUUAUUCGAUCAUCAUCUGCUGUAAGCCGAUAGUUUGUAGAAAUAAUCAAAUUAACAAUAAUAAAAAAAACCUCCGUACAG